AUGCCACGUCCAGGAAAAUCUUCCUAUUCAGAUGAAAAACCUCCGUAUUCAUAUAUAGCACUAACAGCAAUGGCUAUUCAACAAAGUCCAGAAAAAAUGUUACCACUUAGUGACAUUUAUAAAUUUAUAACUGAUCGAUUUCCAUAUUAUCGUACAAAUACUCAAAAAUGGCAAAAUUCUUUACGGCAUAAUUUAUCAUUUAAUGAUUGUUUUGUUAAAAUUCCACGUCGUAUUGAUCGUCCUGGUAAAGGUAAUUUUUGGGCAUUACAUAGCAAGUGUAGUGAUAUGUUUGAAAAUGGCAGUUAUUUACGACGACGAAAACGUUUUAAAUUAUCAAAACAAGAACAAAUAAAAUUAGAUGAAGAGGAAGAAGAAGAAGAAGAAGAAGAAGAAAAAUCUAUGAUGAUUAAAAAGCCAAUAACAAAAACAUCAUUUCUUAUUGAUAAUCUUCUUGCAAAUGAUACAAAUACAAAUACAAGUUUUACAACAUCAUCAUCAUCUGAAACAAAUAAUAGUACAUUACAUCAAUUACAUUAUACAACUGAUUUCGAACUUCUACGUAAAUUGACACUAUUUAAUGAUGUUAAAGGACAUCAUCAUACUCUAUCUCAACAAUUUUAUUGGUAA